AUAUUGUGAGGUUGAAACACGAUUACUAAGCUCAGCCUUGAAGGGUCUAAAAGCCUUAACAACUUCGUUUGCCAAAUCAUUAGAAGGGAUGUAGCAAUCACAUGAGCCAUGAAGACUACAUCUCUCCCUCCAACAUUACACAGCCCGUUUUUUACUCCUCCCAACUCCCUCUCUGUCGUAUAUAUCAAACCACCACUAUGUCUCAUCAGUUCUCAUCUUCACAGAAAUGGCUUCAAUGUUGUGUGCUUUCUUUCUAGUUUUUCUUAGCUUUCCGCCAUUUCUUGGCAAUGCACAAGCACCGGUGGCCGCACCGGCUAACUUGCCAACCACAACACCGGCUGCACCAUCGAAUUUGCCUACUGCAAAGCCGCCGGCUUCUACCACACCAUCAUCAGCAACAAAACCACCGGUAAGUGCAGCAACAACCCCACCUGCCACAACUCCUGUCUCAUCACCACCUCCUAAAGUUCCACCAACUGUAAGCCCAACAGUCCCGCCCCCUCAAAUUCCACCUCCACAACCCCCACAAGCUCCACCUGUCUCGACCCCAUCACAGCCACCAGCAUUGCCACCACCACCAGCUACUUCACCACCACCUCUACCACCAGCUUUACCCCCACCACAGGUAUCUCCAGUACCAAGCCAAGCACCACCAGUGCCUGCCCCCGCAAAGGAGGCACCGACACCAGCACCACUGCCAUCACCACCAGCACCAGCACCAGCGCCAGUUAAAGAGGCACCAGUUCCAGCACCCAUCUUAGUGCCCUCACCUGCUCCAGCUCCCACAAAGCACAAGAAGAGGAGGCGGCACAGGCACAAGAGACAUCAUCAUGCCCCAGCACCAGCACCAACUAUUCAGAGCCCCCCGGCACCUCCUACAGUGGUAGACACACAGGAAACAUCACCAGCACCAUCCCCAAAUUUGAAUGGAGGGCUUGCACUACGUCAGCAGGGAGGAAGGUCCGGAAGGUGGAUGAGUACAGGGGUCAUAGUUGCCAUUCUGCUAGCUCUUACAUAAUACAAUUCCUGGAAAUCUUGCAUGAUGAAGAUUUGUUGUUAUACUGGAGAGAUGAUUAUUUCAUUAUAAGAAAAGAUAUAGGAAUGAAUAAUAAGGAGACUGCACCAAAUUGCAAGGUUUUUGUAGUUCCAAAUUUUAAACGGUUAAUUUUUAAUGAAAACAUGCUUUGAUUUGUAACACAGACAUGAAACUGUUGAACAGAGAACUCAAUCGAGCUUAAUGAACUGAAUGCCACACAUCAAAGUUGAUCGGUA